CUGUUCACGAACGGGGCUUGGAAUCAUACUACUCGUAUCCAGACCCAGUGAAGAGUCUAUCGGACUCUGGAUGAUGAUAUUUGCAGCCUCAUCAUCUUCUCUCCCUGUCCUAAAAACGCCCUGACCAUUUCCUCCGAUACAACAGCUCUCUACAUCUUGCAACAGCAGAACUGAACUAAUAAACCCCCCCCCCCCCCCGCGCGCUCUCUCUCUCUCUCUCUCUCUCAACACCGAAUGAAGAUCAAAAACCCACUAUGAAUCCUCUCCUCAACCCACCUAAACUCCUCCCCCUCAAACCCCCUUCUCCCCCUUUUACUCCCCACCACAAAAUCAAACCCCAAUUCCCUCCCCAUGCCCUCUCCUUCAAAACCCUCAUGACAAUUUCCCGCCCGCCCCGGCGCAUCAAAGCCGCUGCCGACCACCACGCCCAAAACGAUAUCGACAUGGUCAAGGACAGAGAAGGCGUCUACGCCGCCAAGUCCGAUAAAGUCGUGGUCCUCUGGGACCUCGACAACAAGCCCCCGCGCGGCCCUCCCUACGAGGCCGCCAUGUCCUUGAGACUCGUAGCCCAACGGUUCGGCGAGGUCGUCGACAUCUCCGCCUACGCCAACCGCCACGCCUUCACCCACCUCCCCGGCUGGGUCGCCCAGCAGCGCCGCGACCGCCGCAGCCUCGACGCCCUCGAGCGAAAGGGCGUCGUCCAACCCCCCUCCGAAACCUACUCGUGCGCCGUCUGCGGCCGCAAGUGCAAGACCAACCUAGACCUCAAAAAGCACUUCAAGCAGCUGCACGUUCGGGAGAGACAGAAGAAGCUCAACAGGAUGAAAUCCUUAAAGGGUAAGAAACGGCAGCGGUUUAAGGAGAGGUUUAUUAGUGGGAAUGAGAAGUAUAAUGAGGCGGCUAGGGUUUUGAUUACACCGAAAGUAGGGUACGGGCUGGCGACGGAGCUGAGGAGGGCGGGGGUUUACGUGAAGACGGUGGAGGACAAGCCGCAGGCGGCGGAUUGGGCGUUGAAGAGGCAGAUGGAGAGUUCGUUGAGUAGAGGGAUUGGGUGGUUGGUUUUGGUCUCGGACGAUUCAGAUUUCGGGGAGAUGUUGAGGAGGGCUAGGGGGUGCGAUUUGGGGACGGUGGUGGUGGGGGACGCGGAUAGGGCGUUGGGGAGGCACGCGGAUUUGUGGAUCCCGUGGAGAGCGGUGGAGAGCGGGGAGGUGUCGGAGGAGGAUUUGGGGAGGAGGAGGAGGAGGUUUGUGGAGAGGGAGGAUGGGUUUGUUGAGGUUACGAGGUUCGGCGGAGGGGGUGGUUCUGUGGGUGUGGGGGAUUUGGAUAGUGUUGUUGAGGAACUUGUUUCGGUGAGGACGGAUUUUCAUAGUGUGGGGAGGAAUAAUCGGUUUUUUGAUGGGGAAGAGGAUGGGGAAGAGUGGGUAGUUGAGGAAGGGUACGAGGAUUAUGAUGAAGAUGAUGAGUUUGUAUUGGAUAGCGACGAUGAGGAAGGAGGAGGAGAGGAUGAUGGUUUCUUUUGAAAUACAAGUAAUUAUAGUAAUCCAUUGUCCAUUUUGUACAGUAGAUUAUUGAGAUGAUAUGGGACUACAUUGGUGCCAGAGAUGUUUUCUUGAAUUGGAGUUUGUUGGUCUAGGAGUUAUCUUGAAAAGCAUUAUCGGCCGUCCAUGAGGAAUGUAUCUGGCUGGACUCUGCAUUUGGAAGUCCCUAAUUUGUUUUCAACUCAUGGGCAGUAUACAUCCACCAGAGAAUUGUCCCAGUUUUAUCAUCUUCUCUUUGUGAAAGCCGAUACUCACGGUAUGCUGAGUUUUAGUCCUUACAUUUUGAUCGUGAUUUACUCGGAAUAAACUGAUGCCAUUCUUAAUUUCUGUGUGACGAAUUUUUUGUACAGAGUAAAAAAUCUUUGCUUUCGGUA